ACGGAAGAAACAAAACGCAGCACAGACAAUGUCAUACUGUUGGGAGAAGUAGGAGCACAUUGUUUUCUAAACUGGGGUAUAACCCAUCGGGUUUUUCUUUCUGAAUUGUUGAAAGAUAUCACACAGUUGUUAUACAGAAGUUAACCAGAUCACCAGCAAAAUGCGACUAACUCUGACGAUGUUGAUCUCUCACGGUCGGGUGGCACGACGGAUGGGUAUGGGCUCGUUGUCCCGAAUCAACAUGCUUCGGAACAUCCUAACGGGUCUGGUCCGACAUGAGAGAAUCGAGACGACCCGAGCUCGAGCCGACGAGGUUCGGUUCUAUGCCGAGAAGUUGAUCGACUACGCUAAGAGGGGAGAUACUGAUGAAAAGGCAAUGAAAAUGGCAAGCUUCUGGAUGACGGAAAAAGACUUGGUCCCUAAGCUUUUCAAAGUCCUGGCGUUGAGAUUUAAGGAUCAUAAGGGCGAUUACACACGCAUGGCUCGUAUCCCCAACCGCGAAAACCUGGAUCGAGCAGCCAUGGCGGUCCUGGAGUACAAGGGUCACCCCUACCCACCUCUCUUCACGGUCAAACGGGACAGCGAACACACGUUACUCAACCAGCUUCUCAAGGGAUACAGGGAGGAAAAAGGCCAGCAGAUGGCAGGGAAGACGAACUGAAUCCCCGGGGGGAAAACAGUACCACUAGACAUUUGUUAGAUAUUUGUAAUACAUUUGUAAGUCCAGUUUCCCCCUUUCUGCCACUGUUACAAUCAUAUAUGUACUUUCUUUUCCCCCAGACUGAGCAUUUGUGUCUUAGCCUGGAUAGGUCAUUAAGUCACAAUGUAUCUAGGAGCAAGUGUACCAUUGAGCACAAGAUCAGCUGUUGUGCCUGUGGAUAUGUACCUUGGUAAACUCAUGAAAGACUGCAAUAAUAAUAAAUUGUGCCCAUACUA